GGCAAUACAAAAUUUAGUAGCAUUAUGGCCAAAUUCAAUAAAUUGGUUCUAACAAAACAAAAGUCAACAAAUUGGGGCGCAGCCCGUCAGUUGAGACACAUGGCGCCAAAGAUGCUAAAACCCGAACUGCCGGACUCUCGUCGCCAUUGAUGCUUUCUUCACUCACUCCACAAUCCGCACAGCAAACUGUUCUGUAUCUUCCCUCCGAUGAAUACACGCAACUCUGUGACAAAGACGAACUGAUAGGGACAGCUUCCGGCUUCGGCCACAGUUCCUGCGUUGUCUCGAAGUCAUCAAUUCACCAUGAAUCGGCUCGUCUCAUUUCGCUCCAAAUCGAGAAUCGGUACUACGCCUUGCAGCUCCUCCUUCUACGCUCGUCUACUUGGCAGUUCAAUCGACGCAUCUCGCACUCGUUCGACCGCCAAUGCAUCCGAUUCCUUGGCUACGGUCUCUCGUUGUUCUUCCUUGGUUCCAGCGCGAACCCUAACGGGAUCUUCUCUGUUCGGGUCCCGAAAUGGGAGCUCGGCGAGAUUGAGUAAUUUGACGGGACACGGAGGGAGCCAGGGCGUUGCUAGGAGAUUCUGUAGUGAUGCGGCGGCGGAGAGGGAGUCGAUGGAGUAUGAUGUUGUGAUCGUUGGAGCUGGGCCUGCUGGAUUGUCGGCGGCGAUAAGGUUGAAGCAGUUGUGCGGCGAGAAGGGGGUGGAUUUGUCUGUUUGUGUUGUGGAGAAGGGUGCCGAAGUAGGUGCUCAUAUUAUAUCCGGGAAUGUGUUUGAGCCUCGGGCGCUGGAUGAACUUCUUCCGGAAUGGGAAAAAGAAGAGGCACCAAUCUCUGUCUCGGUUUCUUCUGAUAAGUUUUGGUUUCUCACAAAGGAUCGUGCAUUUUCAUUGCCAAGUCCGUUUGAUAACAAAAAUAAUUAUGUGAUAAGCUUGAGCCAAUUAGUGCGUUGGAUGGGCUCGAAAGCCGAAGAAUAUGGCGUGGAGAUAUAUCCUGGAUUUGCUGCUAGUGAGAUACUAUGUGAUGAUAAUGGUAGUGUAAUUGGAAUUGGAACUAACGAUAUGGGAGUUGCAAAAAAUGGAUCUAAGAAGGAAAAUUUCCAGCGUGGUGUUGCUUUGAAGGGUGUGUCUCUAGCUUUCUCUGGAAACAAGAUGAUUCAAUGUUGCUUUAUGAGGGCGAUAAAACUUGCAGGUCGAGUAACACUUUUUGCCGAAGGUUGCCGAGGAUCAUUGUCAGAGAAGAUAAUCAAGAAAUACCAUUUGAGGGAAAAGCGGAAUGCUCAACAUCAGACAUAUGCGUUAGGAAUCAAAGAGGUUUGGGAAAUCGAUGAGAGCAAACAUCAACCUGGUGCAGUCAUUCACACUUUGGGUUGGCCUUUAGAUCAGAAAACAUAUGGGGGUUCAUUUCUGUACCACAUGAGUGAAAGACAGGUCGCUAUAGGUCUUGUGGUGGCUUUGAACUAUAAGAAUCCUUAUUUGAGUCCUUAUGAGGAAUUUCAGAAACUGAAGCACCAUCCUGCCAUCAAGCCAAUUCUAGAAGACGGGACUGUUAUUCAAUAUGGAGCCCGAACUUUAAAUGAAGGUGGUAUUCAGUCCGUUCCAUAUCCAGUUUUUCCUGGAGGAGCUAUUAUCGGGUGUUCAGCUGGCUUCUUAAAUGUACCGAAAAUAAAGGGAACACAUACGGCAAUGAAAUCAGGUAUGAGGUACCUGCUCCAUGUCUUGGCGAUUACUGUCUUUGUUUUACUCUCAGGGAUUCCUGCUUCAUCCUCUUUUUGUAUCAACGAGUACAAGAAAAAAGAAUCCCAGAAUGUUCGAAGCAAAGAGCUGUCCAUUAAAUCCUUUUUAUGUUUCUGCAACUGCCCAGGAAUGCUUGCAGCAGAAGCUGCGUUUGGUACACUUCUAGAAGGCUCAAACUUAGACUCCUAUUGGACAACUUUGCAGAAUUCUUGGGUAUGGGAAGAGCUGCAUAAAGCACGGAACUACCGACCUGCAUUUGAUCAUGGGUUCAUUCCUGGAAUGGCGAUCAGUGCAGUAGAACAUUACUUGUUUAGAGGGAAGUCCCCAUUUACAUUGAAGCAUGGGAAACCUGAUCAUGAAGCAACAAAUGUGGCAAGGUCACAUUCUCCAAUCGAAUAUCCAAAGCCUGAUGGAGUUCUGUCAUUUGACGUACCCACCUCUCUCCACAGGAGCAACACAAAUCACGAUCAUGAUCAGCCGGCACAUCUGAAACUCAGGGACCCUGAAAUGCCUACUCAAGUGAAUUUGCCGGAGUAUGAUGGACCAGAGUCACGAUACUGUCCUGCUCGUGUGUACGAGUACGUCCCAGAAGAGAGCGGUCAGUUGAAGUUACAGAUCAAUGCUCAGAAUUGCCUACACUGCAAGGCAUGUGACAUCAAGGACCCAAAGCAAAACAUUGAGUGGACAGUCCCUGAAGGGGGAGGCGGCCCAGGCUACUCAGUUAUGUAGUAGUUUUCGUCGGAGUGAUGCUAGAUUUACUGAAAACUCAAAUAAAGAAAAAGCCUUGUAUCAUCCCGUAUACUAACUUCUAUUCGUGUAAGUUGUAACGAACUUGUUACUGAAGUUUGUACAUAUAACAUAGUAGUAAUUGCGCCAGGUCUUUGGUCCAGAUUGUUCAUGUCAAGCUUGUGAUGCACCAAAAUGUUGAUUUCUGAUAUUGUAAGUUCGAGCUGGACCAAGUAAGGAAUACGAGUUAACAUGUGUCGUACAUUUUAGCUAAUCAGGACCU